GAGAGUCCGAGGUAACACAUGAUGACAGCCCAACACCCACUGGGAUUGCAGGGCCACUCGAUGGCUAUGGUGCCUAAAUCCCUACUGGAACUCAUCCACAGCUUCGAACAUUCCUCUCCCUUGUAGAUUACUACUCUGCUGAAAGAACACAGUGCAUGCGAAGCAUUGCAACCAUGGUUACAAUGUAUUGGAAGAAAUAAUGGGACAAAGCAGAGUCAGAAAAGGGCGAAUUUAGACACAUUCUGCCCAUAUAUGUCGAAGUUUUAGCUGCAGAGGUAGCAGCUUCUGAACACACUCGUUUUUCUCUCUCCCUCUCGACCCUUUCCGCCCAUGGUUCCACAGUUCUACCCAUCUAAGCACAUUUGCCCAUUAGAAACAGAUCUCUAGCAGCCAAAGCAACAGUCUCUCUCUCUCGCUCUCUCUGACAAGUUUCUGUCUUUUGAUGUUUCUUCUCCGCUAUUUUUUCUCUCUUGCAUCCCAAAGAGAAGGAAGGGUAGAUAAGACCAACUGCAGACGGGGUUUGGGGAUGCAGAAGAGCAGAUUCUGAAAGGUGGCGAGGCCGGCCUAACAUUUGUUUUCUUGUUCUUUUCAUGUUCUACAAUCUAUAUUUCCUUUGUUUCUCUCUGUGAAGCAAUACUCUUCUGGAUUUUGGGCGAGCAAAGGCCUCUACAGUCUUAGAGAAGUGGGGGAAGAGAGAGAGAGAGAGAGAGAGCGAGAGAGGUGGAAGGCAGUCUACAUAAGUGAGAAAGAAAGAUCAUUUCUCUUCGCUUUAUUCCUGUCCUCCAUUGCUCUCUUUUCCUUCCGUUUAGCGCCGAAAUUGAUGUUUCUUUGUCCAAGAUUUGAUCUUUCUCGCUCCAUUGCGUUUGGCCUGUAGCCGGAGGUUUCAGAUCGAAGCCCCAUCUGAGAAAGGAGAGGUUUUUCCUCUCCUUGGGCUUUGGUUUGAAGUGGCCGGUUAGGUUCCUGCUCACUUCUUUGUUGUUUGCUGCACGUAACCCUGGAGUAAUGUACCUCAAUAGAGGGAGAUUGCAGGCUUUGUCGCUUUUUUGCGGCUUCUUAGUUUGCUGAUCCAUCACUGUGGGAAAAAUCUUUCGAAUCGUUGCGUCGGAUAUCGGAAGUGGGAUUGUUUCGUCCUUGGUCUUCGUCUUUUCUCAAGUAGUGCUCAGUGAAAGCGCCGGCUUUUGCCGCUCUUCUCGAUUGGGUUCCCAGUAAGGCCGAGGCUCCUGAAGACUUGUAGGUGGUGGAGGGGAAUCGUCGAUCGGUGGCUGCAUGAAGGAGUGCUGAAACGAUGAGAGAUGAGAACUCGAAGAAAAGCAAGUUUUCAUGGUCCAAAUCCCUGGUUAGAAAAUGGUUCAACAUCAAGAACAAAUCUCAGGACUUCCAUGCGGAUGAUGAUGUUGUUGUUGGAAGAGGAGACGAUAGGGAAUGGAGGAUGGGUUCUGCAGAGAGUGAGGCAUGCACGGUGAAAAAGAGCAGAACAGAGCAAAUGAACAAGAAGAAUAUGGAUCGAGCCCGACGAAGAAGAUCUGAUGUUGAUUUGGCUCAAGCUACUGACGUUCACGACUAUAGAAUUUUUGUGUCGACAUGGAAUGUAGGUGGAAAAUCUCCACCAAAAAAUUUGAAUCUUGAGGAAUGGCUUCAUGCCUCACCUCCUGCAGACAUAUACGUUUUGGGAUUUCAAGAGAUUGUUCCUCUCAAUGCCGGAAAUGUUCUUGGUGCAGAAGACAAUGGUCCAGCAAAGAAAUGGUUGACACUCAUUAGAAGGACACUGAACACCCUUCCUGGAACACAUGGAUGUGGCAGCUAUAGCACACCGUCCCCAGUUCCUGAUCCACUUGUGGAGCUAGAUGCUGAUUUUGAGGGUUCCUCAGUGAGGCAACACAAUUCAUCAUACUUCCACCGACAUUCAUUCCAUUCCAUGAGUCGUAGUUUACGAAUUAAUGGCGAUAUCAUGGAACUGCAUCCAAGGCUGGAUCGCCGUUUCAGUGUUUGUGACCGAGUAAGCACUGGGAGCAGGCCAAGUGAUUUUGAUUCAAAUUUUAGAUGUGGAGAUUCAUCUGAUGAUGAGAAAGUUGGGGAACAAUCUCCUUCUGCUGGAAUUUUCUCACCGUCGUCAUAUGCUUAUGGUGCUCCGCAAUAUAUGGGAGAAAGAAAUAGAUCAUCAUCCCACACUAGUUCUAGGUAUUGCUUGGUUGCCAGUAAGCAGAUGGUUGGCAUAUUUCUAACAGUGUGGGUGCGAAGUGAAAUUAGGGGUGAUGUACAGAACUUGAAGGUUUCUUGUGUUGGAAGGGGACUGAUGGGUUGUCUUGGAAAUAAGGGUUCAAUAUCAAUUAGCAUGACUUUGCACCAAACAAGCUUCUGCUUCAUCUGUAGUCAUUUGACCUCAGGACAGAAAGAGGGGGAUGAAGCACGGAGGAACUUAGAUGUGAUGGAGAUUUUAAAAAAGACGAGGUUUCCUCGGGUGCAAAAGGCAUGUGAUGAGAAGACUCGUGAAACAAUUCUCGAUCAUGAUCGUAUCAUAUGGCUUGGUGAUUUAAAUUACCGCAUCGCUCUUUCAUAUCAGUCCGCAAAGGCUUUAGUUGAGAUGCACAACUGGAGAGCUUUGUUGGAAAAAGAUCAGCUUCGAAUGGAGCAAAGAUGUGGCCGUGUUUUUGAGGGAUGGAAAGAAGGAAGGAUAUGUUUUCCUCCCACCUAUAAAUACUCGAACAACUCUGAUAGAUACACAGGGGAUGACAUGCACAGAAAAGAGAAACGGCGGACACCUGCAUGGUGUGACCGGAUUUUAUGGUAUGGUAGAGGUCUUACUCAGUUGUCUUAUGUACGUGGGGAGUCUAGAUUCUCCGACCACAGACCUGUAUACGGUACUUUUACUGCAAAGGUUGAAAUAAUCAAUCACAACCGGAUUAAGAAAAACAUGGGUUGUUCUAGCUCUCGGAUAGAGGUGGAGGAACUCUUGCCCUACUCGCAUGGUUACACAGAACUCAGUUUCUACUGAUGUGGCUGAAGAUUUCCGGAUGGAAUUAAGGUUGUUUUGCAUCUAUUGAUCCCAAAAAUGAACCUAACAUUUUUUGCUGACUCGGCAUCGAUCAAUGAAAGCAGGUGCCUAUAUUUUGUUUAAACAAUUACCAAUACUUCGGUACUUAAAAUUCUUUUGGAUCUAUGUUUUGACACCAUAUCAACCCGUAACUGUUUGACAAAUUUUUUUUUUUUGUGAAAAUGUUGAACUGCAUUUGGCAUAUGAAUUCUUUAGAUCUACAAUCUGAACAAAAUUGAUGUUGUGUUGUUAACCAUGUCUUGCAGCAGCAACUAGGGAAUAGCCACUUCUCAGAAAUUAACUCUAAGGGAAAACCGAGUUUGUUGCUGAACAACCAGUCAAGAGACGACUUCAAGAUUUCAAUUCCUCAAUAAUUAAGCUACUAACAAUCAACUUAACCAGCUUUUUUCAUUUUUGGAAAACCAAGAAUUCUCAUUGUGUGACAAUUUAUCGACUUGAUCAAGCAAGAUGCUCGAAUAAAAGGAAUGACGAAAUCGACCCAAAGAACUCUUGGGGGAUGUCAGCCACUCCGAACAAGAUGGGUGUUAUUAUAGUUUCAAUUUUUCAUUUAGAGUUAUUCUGACAAAAGAGUGUAGGAAUUUUUGGUAGAAUGAGUGAGACAAACAAUGUUCUUUCUGUUCCAUAUGUUGCUGUUGAUCGAUAAAGGAAUGUAGCUAUUAUACAUAACUCAAGCUUUGCUGGGUUUUCGAUGAUAAAGCUCGGAUAAAGUUGGCAAUGAGAAGAAUGAAGCUACUGAGAGAAGCAUGAAGCUUUUCAGAUCAUACUAAUGUGAAGUUAUUGACUUUGUAAAAAACUCUCAUAAUAUCUAUUGUAUCAAAGCAUAUAUUUUUCAGAUUUACAAAAGAAUUCUUAAUGAUUGGAUUUGUUGUUAGGAUUAGAAGAUGUUGGUGUGACUUCAGCUCUUUUGGUAGGAGAGAAAAGAGGAGAGAUAUGAUCACUGUGGCACAACAUUGGUUUUGCUGAAAGAUCAGAAC